CGGAGGGAGACCUUCAAAACAAGCCGCACUUUCUGCUUCGGCCGCCCCAGCAGCCGGACUGCAGUCCCCGUGGCCAGCGCCAGCAGCCGCGUUAUCUUCGCUUAAAGCAACGCUUCCCACGCAAGGAUGCUGAUCCUCCUGGCAUUUAUCAUCGUCUUCCAUAUAACCUCAGCUGCACUUUUGUUCAUCUCUACGAUUGACAAUGCCUGGUGGGUCGGACCUGGUUUCUACACAGAUGUUUGGCAUCGCUGCUUCAAUGCCUCUAACUGUACGGCGCUUGACAACAACUUCCCGGCCUAUUCAGCUUUCCAAGCAAUUCAGGCGGCGAUGAUUUUGUCUACCAUUCUGUGCUGUGUAGCCUUUUUCGUCUUCAUCCUCCAACUUUUCCGCCUAAAGCAAGGGGAGAGAUUUGUUCUAACAUCGAUCAUCCAGCUCUUCUCCUGUCUGUGCGUUAUGAUUGCAGCUUCUAUUUACACUGACCGGCAAGAAGAGCUACACGAGGGUCCCCACGUCUCCUUAAAUGUGAGCAAGGGUCAGUUUGGCUAUUCCUACAUCUUGGCCUGGAUUGCUUUCGCUUUCACUUUGCUCAGUGGCAUUAUGUACCUAAUAUUAAGGAAGCGUAAAUAAAAAUGGCAGGUUAUUUAAAGAAAAGGGGAAAAAAGAUCUUGUACUUGCAGUACUGGAAUUCCAGUAACUCAUUUGUAUAUAGUCAGAAGAGGUUCUGUAGUAUGUUUAUUGUUUGUUCCCCCCCUCCCCCUUUGGUGUGAAACAAUGAGGACCAGGGGAGAAGGAAAAUGCAGGUGAAGUGGACACACUUGAAUUCUCCCCCAGGCAUGGAUGCAUAGCUAAAAAACCAACCACGCCAUGGCCACGGUGACUUACGGCCACUGAUCGACUUAUCUUAGGCUAUAAUUUUGUUUGUUCCUCUCAUGAUGCUGCUUUCCAAACAACUGUAAUGUUACUAGGUAUUAACCAAAGAUGGGCAGAUGAAAAACUGCUGCUGACUCGAAGCUUAUCAGGUCAUGAGAACGGCACAACCGACUGGGCGUCUGGAUUCUUUUUGUUUUAAGAAAUAUGAACAGGGUGAUCCAGAUGGCGCUCAGCUCCAAAAUAAUUCUGUGGAAGCACAUCACAGAUGGCAGUUCCUCCAGGGCCCGAAACAUCAGCACAAGAAGGACCUCAAAAUACGAGGGCUUCUCCCCACAGCCCCUAAAGCGAUGGCGUGGUGCAACAGCAGAAACCUCAACAUUGCUAUUUCCAGGCGGAUCCUUGUAGCCAAUUUGUACUAGCAGCAUAGAGGUACAGUUGCCGUCUGGUUUCUGGGUGUUGAGCGUAUGGGUGUGUACUGCUCUAACCACACACACAAAGAUUCGGCUUAUACACACUGUGCUAGCAGCACACCCACCCUUGGACAGCAUUCCCACUGGAAGCGUGGUAUUCUGCCACUAAAGGCGUACAGUGAACACCUUUACAGGUUCCAAGAUCAUUCCUUUGCGAAGACCAAAAAAUGGCUUUGGGCCUCUCAAGCACAGAUUCUAUUCUUGUCAAAUAGUGCAUCCAGAGUUACCUCAAUAAAUGCAGCUACAUACAUACUGCCUUGAUCUACAGCCAGAUUAUUUCUGCAGCAAGCAAAGGCAGCAACAUUCUUAGCUCAUCUCUGCUUUGGCACUUAAAUCUUUCCUCAGUUUUAAUAUUGCCCAACUUUCUGAGGAAUUUAAAAUUUAAAAAAAUCCAUAUAUAUGAGAGGUAAAGCUAAGCCCUGGUCUCUCUGCUUAAGAAAAGAUCUCCAUUAGCAGGGUGAGGAAAGACUGCUCUGGUCAAGAUCCUAGGCAGUUGGUGUGGAGCCAUUUUCCCCAACCCAGUGUCCUCUAGAAGGGCUGGACAGCAACUUCCAUUAUCCCCUGAUGGGAGUCAUAGUCCUCAAAACCUCUGGAGGACACCAGGUUGGAGAGCGCUACCACAACAUGACCUCUGUCACUUUGUAAUGCAGACUCACAGCAGAAAAUAGUGAGACUCAAAAGGUGAUUUUAAAUCAGGAAAUUAAAAACAAACAAAAAAAUACAAACACACCCAACACCAGCUCUUUUUGCCUCUUUACCUGCUUUGUUCCAAAAUAUCCACUCUGGGUUACCGGACUACUCAGAUCCACAUGGUUUCCCAAGCCCCUAAACAUCUAGUAUUUUGUCAUCAGUUCAGCAAGUGUGUUGGCAGCUACAGCAGCUUUCCAGGUUUGGCCUGAAAAAUGCUUCAGAAAAGAUGUUUUGAGUUUCAGCACUGGAGGGCAUUGAUACAAACACGGCAGGCCACAAACGCGCUAGAAACGCAGGUUGCACACAAAGAUCUCAUCUUUUGCCAAGGAACUGAUCUUUCCAUAUGUCUCAUGACGUCCUUAACUACAGCAAAGAUGGCUUUACACAGGAUUAUAAAAAGAGCUACAAGUUAACAAAUGUAACACAAAAAAACAAAAGGCUGUUUCCUUUCCAAAUCACUGCUAAUUGCAGUGUUUGCCACUAAGGCUGUGAGCCUAAACUCUCUCUUGAGAGAAUAAGCACCAUUAAACUCGGUGGGACUUCUGAGCGAACCUGCUUCGGACUGUCCUGCAUGGCUUGUUGGCGGGCUGGCUGGCUGGCUGGCUGGGGCACGCUGGCAGUUGUAGCACUUCUGUCUAAACAUGCAUGGGAUGGCACUCUUCGCGGCUGAGCCAUACGGCUUUUAAACAAUCUCACAAUUUCAAUUAAAUGUGAAUGCAGCACAUUUCUUUAACACCUCAAAGAGAGGGCUUUUAGGAUCUGUGGGAGAACUUAACCGUUUUAGAAACAAAAUACUGCAUGAAGUGGCAUGGAAGGCCACUUGUAAACACUUUCCCUUUUACAUUUGAUAGUAGCAGAACCAAAAUUGCUUCCCUCUGCAACCUUUUCUGCCUGAAAUGGCACACUUUUGUGCCCAGAUGCUUGACAGCCCCUCUGCCUCCCUGCAUUCUCCCCCCACCCCAUUUCUCCCAGUCUUACUGCUCUGUCCUUGGGGCAAUCCUGCCAGGACCCGAAAUACCGUGUGCAGCUCCAUGUACAUUUUAUAGAUGAAUCUGUGCCGCUGGCGAUUCUCUGUUCAAAAGAACAAACUGGUCUGGCUGGGUGAUUUUACAGUUUGAAUUUAUAUUUAUGUAAAAAAAAAUUGUAUGAACACAUACAUACAUAUUUAGCAGUAUUUACAUUAUUACUUUUUGACCCCUUACUAAAAGCAAAUAGGAAGUUAUAAUAUAGCUAUAUCUUCCAGCCUACUCAUUACGAAUUUUCGUUUUACUGCCUUUGCAACUCCGCCUGGAAUAACAAGGAGUCCCUUUUUGCAUUUGUAGUACCCUUUUUUCCAAAAUUUAAAAGGAAGUUACCAAACAUUCUGGAUUUCUCAGUGGACAAUCUUUUCAAGACAGUGAGCUUAACUCUACCAACUGUGCCUCAAUUGUUUUGUAUUUUAUAUAUCCGCUGUGUAUAUGGAAAUAAAAGUUGCAACCAGUAUUGUGCUUGGCA